CCGACCUAUGUAUAAUGCUUAUAUUUCGGGCAGCUUCAGAGAAUCGAGAAAGAGAGCAUGUGUCAGCUUGCCUUUGUCGACUCUCCGAAACUCCACGAGCUCACGUACGCGUGAUCUGGCAUAGUGUGAGUAGGGCACCGUCGGUGCUUGCUGGUACCUCUGCGUCGUAUGCGUCAUCGACAAUGUAUGCCAGAAACCUAACCAAUAAGUUUAAGUAUGUACUUCGAUAUGAAGUUUUUCCGAAACAUGAUACUUCGCGAAACGUGUAAUAAAUAGUGAAAUAUACAUUAUCUGGCUUUAAAAUAUGGAUAGUAAUUGGUUAACUAACGGCGUUGAAGAAACAUGGACAUGGAAUUGGACAGAAUUAUGUGGAUACCGUGGAGGCAUUAAACCGUUGAAUCCAGAUACACAUGAUCUUGAUGUCUGCUUCCAACAACUUUGCCUCCAGAUUCCGGUUUUAGUCUGUAUUGCAAUAACAUCUGCAUAUCAUUGUGGAAAAAGAAAUACAUAUUCCUUUCUUCAUGUUGACUCUAAUUCUGCUAUACAAUUCAGAAUUUUAAUUACUAUGUGCCUUGUAAUUCUUCCUAUAAUUAGAGCAUGUAUUAUUCUUUUUAAUACUACAGUCGUUCCACCGAACAACGUGCCAUCUAAUAAUUCAAUACCACAUGCAUACCUCAUGGCAUCGUAUAAAAAUUCAGAGUCAAUUUGGGACUCGUCAAAUAUAUUAAACGAGAUAAAAAAUGGAUUAAAUCGUACUAUUGACUUUACAAAAUCAAUUGUUUUUCCAAAGAAUAGCAUUCAAAAUACUACUGAACCUUCUCUAAUCCUUAGUACACAAGAUUAUAAUUUAAUAUUCGGUAGAGUAAAAGAUACCGCAACAGCUGCCAAACCUAUCGAUUACCUUGUGGCAGGUACAGAGGGAUUAGCAUGGGUUGUUCAUAUUUGUUUUAUAUUAAGUUUAAAAAGAGGAAGAGAUUUUAAUCCAAGAGGUCCUGUGUUGAUCAGAGCAUUAAUAUUUUUACUAAUUGUAAUUUCUACAUUAUUAUUACGAAGUCAUAUGAAACAUAAUUCGCAAGAUGAUGUUCUACCAAAUUUGUCACUGGGAUUCAGUAUCAGUGUAGUGAUUCUACUAACACUGUAUGCUAUAACACUGAUACCAGGUCAUGAUAGCUUUCAAGAUAUGAGAUCAUCUCGAUUUAAUGAAAUAGGAGAACGGACUGCACUGUUGAGUACACCUAAUUCUUCUUACGUGAGAUUCCCAGAGGAACAGGACCCAACUUACCUUGGGACUGCUAUGGAGGAUAUAUCAGCAAUCUCCAAACUUUCAUUUCGUUGGGUAAAUCCAUUAAUGGAAAAAGGUGUUCGUGGUUUAUUAAAUCAUUCGGAUGAUCUAUUUGAUUUACCAGAAUAUAUCAACACUAAUACAAUCAGCCAGAAGAUUGAUAAACAUUUGCAAAAUAUGUCCAGCAAUACAAAUGACAGAAUGGAGAAUACUGAAUUAAUGUUGGAAACAGAUGUACAAACGGUCAGGAACAAAAUGACAUUGCUUCAUUUGUUGCAUAAAUGUUUUGGUUGGGAAUUUUACUCUGUUGGAAUAUUGAAAUUGAUUAAUAAUUGUUCUUCAUUUAUGGGACCAAUAUUAUUGAAUAGAUUGGUUGGUUUUAUUGAGGACAAAAACGAACCAAUUUCACAUGGAUAUCUUUAUGCAUUUUUAUUAUUUAUUAGUGCUGUAAUAGGGGCUUUUUGUAAUACUCAUUUCACAUUUUGGAUGUCUAUUGUUGGUUUAAAAAUUCGAUCCACUAUCAUAACUUUAUUAUAUAGAAAAACAGUACACUCUUCGCUCGUUCAAUUAAAACGGCAAUUUAAUUUUGGCGAAAUUGUAAACUUUAUAAGUACGGAUAGCGAUAGACUCGUUAAUAGUUGUCCAAGUUUUCAUGCGUUUUGGAGCAUACCAUUGCAGUUAGUUGUGACAUUGUAUCUUCUACAUAAACAAAUAGGUAUCUCGUUCUUAGCUGGGGUGACAUUUGCAAUAAUGAUUAUUCCCAUAAAUAAAAUGAUAGCAAAUCGAAUUGGGAAGCUUAGUACAAAAUUAAUGGAAUGUAAAGACCAAAGGGUCAAAAUUAUAGGUGAAACACUAUCUGGAAUAACUACAAUUAAGUUGAAUGUAUGGGAAGAUCAGUUUUUACGGAAUAUUUUAAAGGUACGAGAGAGUGAGAUUAAACACUUGAGUGCCAGAAAAUAUUUAGAUGCACUAUGUGUUUACUUUUGGGCCACAACGCCUAUAUUGAUUUCUAUAUUAACAUUUACCACAUAUGUACUUCUUGGAAAUAAACUUGAUGCAAAGAAAGUUUUUACUAGUAUGGCACUGUUGAACAUGCUAAUAGGUCCACUAAAUGAGUUUCCAUGGGUGUUGAAUGGUCUUACAGAAGCUUGGGUGUCGCUUAAAAGAAUUCAGAAAAUGUUAGAUUUACCAGAUGUAGAUGUGUCUUCGUAUUAUAUACAAUCUGCAUCUGGAGUGGAUUUAAUGCUUCAGAAUGUAACACUUAGUGUAUAUAAAAAACAAGGUAUGAAGCAGAAUAGUCUUGAUUCACCUAAAAGUAUUGAUACACCAUCUACUAGUUCAGAUUUUAGAAAAACGGUUACUUUCGAAGAUGAUGGUAUUUUUAAUGUACACGAUAUCAAUAUUACAGUACCAAAGGGACACUUGAUUGGGAUAAUGGGAAAAGUAGGUAGUGGAAAGACGUUACUUUUAGAUGGUAUUUUAGGUGAAAUUACUAAAACUCGUGGUACAGUAGCGGUAGACGAUAUCGAUAAAGGUUUUGCGUACGUAAAACAAAAUUCGUGGCUACAGCAUGGCACCAUUCGAGAAAAUAUUCUUUUCGGAAAAUCUUAUGACUACAUCAAAUAUAUGAACAUCUUAAAGGCAUGCGCUCUUACCGUUGAUUUAAAUUCUCUACCUAAGAAAGAUUUAACGGUUAUCGGGGAAGCAGGAAACACUUUGAGCGGAGGUCAAAAAACACGAAUUUCUUUGGCGCGAGCCGUCUAUGCGGAUAAAGAUAUUUAUUUGUUAGAUGAUGUUUUAGCAACUUUAGAUCCAAAAAUUGCUAGUCACGUAUUCGAGCAUGUUAUUUUGGGUUUGUUGAAAAAUAAAACAAGAGUACUGUGUACCCAUCAAACUCAUUACUUGGUUCACGCAGAUUUGGUAGUGGAAAUGUCGAAAGGCAGGAUAAUUAAUCAGGGUAAACCAAGCCAUGUCUUACCCGAUUUAGAAGACUAUUUAUUAUCUUCGGAAUCUUUGGAGUCAGAUUUGGUGACCAUGUCUAUCGACGACUUGCCAAGAGAACCAUAUCAGAUCAAUGAAAAUGGAAAAGAUCGUUUGUUCGACGAAGAAUUUUCUGAAAAGGGAACCGUACGUCUUGGAGUAUAUACUUGUUAUAUGAAAGCCGUGGGCCGUUAUUUAGCAAUUAUUAUAAUUUUAUCCAUGUUUUUAAUGCAAGCUUCGAAGAACAUUACAGACCUGUGGUUAUCUUAUUGGGCUACUCAUAUUAAUACAACAGCAAAGAAUACUACAGACAGCUCAAAGCCCCCACGUCUAGAAUACUUUUUUGACAAUAAUAACUUGAGCACUAAUUAUUAUUUAACAGUUUAUGCUAUAUUAGCUCUAUUUAAUUCACUUUUUACAUUAAUGAGAGCAUUCAUGUUUGCAUAUGGCGGGAUUCAAGCAGCCAUUGCAAUACACAAACAGCUUUUAAAGGUUGUUAUACGGGCUAAAGCUGUAUUUUUUGACAUUCAACCGUUUGGUAGAAUCAUUAACAGAUUUUCAUCUGAUACAUAUACAAUUGACGAUACCUUGCCAUUUAUUGCUAAUAUAUUAUUUGCACAACUAUUCGGCUUGUUUGCAACAGUUAUCGUUACAACUUAUGGUUUACCAUGGAUACUCCUAAUAUUAGCUCCGCUCGUACCGGUUUACCACUGGAUACAGAAUCACUAUAGAUUAACGUCGAGGGAACUAAAGCGCUUAUCCAGUAUGGCUCUCUCACCAUUGUACGCUCAUUUUAACGAAACCUUGCACGGUUUGUCUACUAUUAGAGCUUUUCGCACUGUGCCUCGUUUUAAACAAGAAAACGAACUCUCGUUGGAAGUUAGCCAAAAGACGCAAUUUGCAUCGAUCGCCGUCAGUCAAUGGCUCGCAUUAAGAUUGCAACUUAUCGGGGUCAUCGUUUUAAUGGCUGUGAGCAAUAUAGCAGUUAUACAGUACCAGUACAACAUCGCGGAUCCUGGUUUAAUAGGUCUCGUUAUUACGUAUGCAUUAUCGAUAACUGGCCUGUUAUCCGGCGUAGUGAAUGCAUUUACCGAAACGGAGAGGGAGAUGAUCGCGAUCGAACGCGUAAAACAGUAUUUAGAGAAUGUUCCCUUAGAAACCGUAAAAGGAGAUAAUCCGCCGUACGCAUGGCCAAGUCAGGGUGUAGUUGAGUUUAGAGAAGUAAUUUUGAAAUACAGAGAUGAUUUGGUGCCAUCUUUGAACGGCAUAACGUUCGCUACACGGCCGGCAGAGAAAAUCGGUGUAGUUGGACGGACAGGUGCUGGCAAAAGUUCUCUGUUCGUUUCGUUGUUUAGGUUGGUAGAGAUAACUUCGGGGAGUAUAUUCAUCGAUAACGUUAACGUACGAACUUUGAAGCUUAACGCAUUAAGAUCACGGUUAACUAUUAUACCUCAGAACCCGUACCUCUUCUCGGGUACAAUUAGGGAAAAUCUUGAUCCGUUGAAUCAAUAUCCAGAUUUGCAUAUAUAUAAAGCGUUGGAGAAAUGUCAAGUACAUUCGUUGGUGUAUCGUUUGGGGGGACUUGGCGCCGCGUUAGAGGAAAGCGGCAGUAAUCUAAGCGCGGGUCAGAGGCAAUUGUUUUGCUUAGUCAGAGCUGUAUUACAUAACGCUAAGAUUAUCUGUAUCGACGAAGCAACGGCUAAUGUUGAUCAAGAGACAGAUAAAUUUAUACAGACGACGAUAAAGUCUUCCUUCCAAAGCGCUACAGUUAUCACUGUGGCACAUAGGAUAAGAACGAUCAUGCACUGUGAUAGAGUUAUUGUGAUGGGUGAAGGGGAAAUUCUAGAGUUCGAGGAACCAAAUCUGCUGAUUCAGAAUGUCGAUUCCCAUUUCUAUCAUCUAGCGAGCCAAGAGUUUUCUGAUAAAGAGUAAGGUUGCGCGAUCACGUGUCUUCCGACGAAACGUUUAUUUUUCUUUUUUACAGACAAAUUCUUUAUACAUACACGUUAUAAGACUGUAUUUAGUCCAUAAAUUAUAAUUAUUUUCGUAAGAAUCUGCGAAAACUGUUAUUUAAGAUUACGAAUACUACUUGUACAUUUACUUUACAUAUAAGUUGUAUCAAAGUUUAGAUUAUCACGCUGUACGUUCUCGUAACGUCGGCAAUACACGCG